UCGAAAGUUUGAAAAAGAAGAAAAAGAGCCACACCUUUUUGGCUGCCUGGGUGAGGACGCUGGUCAGCCCCGCGCGGAGCUCCCGCCUCUGGAGGAGUGGCCGGCGCGCAGGGAUGGGGGUCACAGUGGACGUGCACCAGGUCUACAAGUACCCCUUCGAGCAGGUGGUCUCCAGUUUCCUCCGAAAGUAUCCCAACCCCAUGGAUAAAAAUGUCAUUGCUGUAAAAACCGUGGAGGAAAAAAAAGAUGUAUCAACAGGCAUCAUCUAUAGAAAGAGGAUUGCAAUCUGUCAGAAUGUGGUUCCAGAAAUUUUAAGGAAGGUGAGCAUUUUAAAGGUACCUAGUAUCCAGUUGGAAGAGGAAUCAUGGCUUAAUCCUCAGGAAAGAAACAUGGCUAUACGGAGUCACUGCCUUACGUGGACACAAUAUGCAUCCAUGAAGGAAGAAUCUGUCUUCCGGGAAAGUGUGGAAAAUCCAAAUUGGACAGAGUUCAUUCAAAGAGGCAGGAUUUCAAUCACUGGGGCUGGAUUUCUUAACUGCAUUUUAGAAACUUUUGCCAGCACAUUCUUAAAACAGGGUGCCCAGAAGGUAAUUACUGUUAUCAUCAUUUUACAGAUGAGGACUCCGAGGUACAGAGAGGGAAUUAGAAUAAUGGAGAUGCUGCUAAAGGAACAGUGUGGUGCCCCCUUAGCUGAAUAAAGAAUCAUCACAAAAAGGAUACAAAUAAGAAGGAGCCAAAGAAUAGAUGCUUCACGUCAAGCCUGGGAGGAUCCUGAACUUGAAGCUUCCACGUCUUCUCCCCUGGAGUCAGGACGUGUCACCGUCUUGACACAUGGAUGUGUAUUAUCAAGGAAAUCUCCCUGAGCUUCAGUGUCCAGAGUUUUUAUUGGGGUUUCAUUAUGUAGCCACAAUUGAUUGAAUCGAUGCUCCUUGGUUGAUCUCAAUCUCUAUCCCCAUCUUUCCUCCCCAGAAGUGGGGUGGGGGCCUCAAAGCCCCAACCCUCUAGUGACAUGGUUGUUCUUUCUACCCUGAGCAGCCCCCACCCUAAGAUUACGGGGGUGCUGGCGUACUGUCCCACUCUGGUCCUCUGUUUAGCAUAGCAUAGACUAUCAGGUGUGGUGUGUGGGGUCCUAUGAAUAACAAAAAUUAGAGGGUAUCUUCCAGGAUACCGUGUAGGAGACACAAAGGCCAACCAAAUUAUCCAACAGAAGGUGAAACCGUUGAGUAAAGCAUACGUUGCCUUGAGCGAUUGACAGUUACCUCACAUUUCCUUAUAUUGGCUUAAAAGUUGAGCACACAUGAUUUUGUGUAAGAACCUGGUACGAAAUUGUGAUGGAUGAUAAAGUUUGAGAACCAUUAACCAAAGAAGCAGCAAAAGAAGUAUUUAUAUACAAGUACUUCAGCAUUCAAAGAUUGCUGGCCAGGCCUGUGAAUGGACCUCAGUUGAAGAUUUGUGACCGUUCCUGCUUGUUUGCUGAUUGACUCCAUUUUGAUUGAUAUUAAGCCUCUGUAAACCUAACACGUAUUAAUAGAUGUAUUUAUUUCUGCAAAUGCUAAGCAAGACAGCAUGGCACAUGGCAGGUGCUCAAAAACAUUUGUUGGGAUUGAAUCUAAAUAUGAUUUGCUCCCACAUCCACUCUGGUCUUUGAAAAGUUUUCUAGGAAACCUUGGCCACAUGUCUCUGUUUUCCUGGGCUGGCUUUCUUGUGAGGUUCACUGAGCACCUUUUGUGCUCUUGUGCAUGGGCACAGAUCUCAUCUUACCCUGGGGGUGGGAUCCUAAGUCAGCUCUAAUUAAUGCAAGAAUGAGGGAACUCCACUUACACAGGAAAGGUAUGUACUUGAUGGUUUUCAAAUCUCAGGGAGCACCGGAAUCACCUGUGCUUACUAAGCAGCCUGCUGGACGCCACCCUUAGAGAUUCUGAUUCAGUAGGAGGUCUGGGGCGAGGACUGAGAAUUUGCCAUUUGAAGAAGUUCCUAGUUGACGCUGAUGCUGCUGGUCCUGGGACCACACUUAGAGAACGUCUGCUGUAAGUGAGUUUGCUUUGCUGGGCUGAGAAAGGUUAAAUGCCAGGGAGCUGAGAGAAAGUUGAAGUUGUUGUCUCUCGUGUAUUCUGUUAACCUUAGAUUAACCAGAGAAAUGAUUUGCUUUGUGUGGCUUUUCCCUGACUUUACCAUCUUAGCCUCUUUUGCUUGCUUUAAUCUUGACAACUCCACACCAGAGCAGAAUAACUAAAAACAGGAUUUUUGAGACUCACACCAACCUGUUGUGUUUUAAAUUAGUUGGAUGUCAAGUCUUGCUAGUGAAGAUGUGGAAAUGACUCAUUUCAAAUAAAUUUACAUCAUUACCUAUGCUGAAGAGUAGGGGUUAGAAAACUGUAGCCUGUGGGCCACAUCCUGCUUGUGCCUGUGUUUAUAAAUAAAGUUUUAUUGGAACACAGCCAUGCUCCUGGCUCUGUUUAAGCUUCAGCAACAGAGUUGAAUAGUUAGGACAGAGACCUUACAGCCCGAAAAGCCUAAAACAUUUACUGUCUGUCCCUUUACAAAAACGUUUGCCUGUCCCUGGAUUAGAGCAUGUUUUCUCCCACAUUAAUAUCACCAGGUGUGUUGUGGUGAUUGUUUGACCUUUUUCAUAUAGCAUUCGAUCACAUCUUGCCUCCAUUGCAAAGUUAAUAGUCUGACAAUUUAUUUUUCCUGCAUUAGCUCUAGGGUCACCACUUCAUGAAUACUUUGAAGACUUGGAUGAUAUUUUAAGAAAUAAAAAAGGUUAAAAAUGAUAACAACAGUGAAAGUUAAAAUACCAGCAACAAUGGUGACUAAAAUUGCUUGUAAAGUUCCGAUGCAUAUGCACAGCGGAGUAGAUCACCCCAAACUGACCCAAGAAAUAUGGGUGCUUUGUGUAUAGAUUGAAGUGGCACUGUGUUGUGGUAGUGUAGGAUAAGUGCUGUUUCUAAUAUACUCAAUUUCCCAGCUUGGGAAUUUUACAGUUGUUAAGUUUUUAAAACAUUCUGUGGGACUUGCAGAAGUGUACGUCAUGAGACAUUAUUUAAGUUUUAUAACAUAGCGCAUUUCAAAUCCGUGUAAUUUACAUUCACAUAGGAUGUGGCCACAUUGUACAUUUGGUACCUGGUCUGAGAGACACUUGCCUAGAACUCUUUGGCCUGUAGAGCCAAGUGGGCAUUUGAAAAUUAGCAAGCUCAGAAGGUGAUUUUAUCAUGAGCCAAAAUGCAGGUGUAUAUAACUCACUAACCAGUAUGCUUGCAGCCUGGCUGCCGACACAUCCAUUUGAUAGCUUUUUGAUUUCCUGUUAUUUUUGAAUAAAGCAAACAGCCCUGACAUCUGUUUGUUCUUGCCCAUGGCAGUUGGAGAACCAGGCUUGGUGAGGUUUGAUAACAUACCAGAGUCCUAUCACAUCAGAAUGAUUAAGGCAGCAAUUUUGGCUGUAUCUUAACUCCCCUGUGAACUCUCUCUUCUGGGUAGUUGGACUUAAUAAAAUGAGGUGCUUGCUUUGUUUGAAGAUCGUUGGGAGGCAGAAAUGCAAUUUCUUCAAGAAUCAUCUAUAGUGAUAAAAUUCAAGUGAUUCUUAAGAGUUGCUUCUGAAAAGAGGGCAAACAAGUAUUGAUUGGUUAGUCAUGUUUAUUAGGUGAUAAAGCCUGUUCACUUUGUCUUGUAGGGAAGCUGUGUUUGAGUCUACUUUGUCUUGAGAAUACCUUCUUGGCCAUAGCACAUCGUAGACACGGAUUCUGGAAUACAGGUGUGAGGAUGCAGUGUCAGCGGCUCGAAGAAAAAGAGACCUUCCUAUCAGGACAAAAAAAUGAUACACUCCCCUGAGAGCCUGCUUCAAGUGGUGGGACUCACAGAGAUGAGACCUUCAGCUGGAUUUUUUGUGGCACAGUCUCUUUACGAUUUUACAAAUAAAGGAAAAAUAAGAUGAUGUCCAUUCUUCCGUAGGGUGUCCUGCUGAUUGUCUGGGGAUGGUAUCAGAGCAGCCACGGAUGUGUCAGAGGCCUGAAAUGAAAUGCAGCGUCUGUGCCCUUAUAUUGUCAGCAUAAUUGCUCACAGGAUUCCUGAGAGGAUUCUGAGACAAAUAAAAAGAAUGAACCUGAUACCUGAUUCAUAGGUGGCCUGGACAGGCAUGUACCAGACCUGUGUUGAAGCUAAGCCAUAGUUAUAGGAUGUUUAAGAUUCUCAGAAAACAGAAUUUUAUGUCUAUUCAGAAGUAUUCAAUAACUGCUAUUCAGUGUAGCUUUUAUAAUAUGACAUGUGAACUGUGAUUUGUAAAGCACAUGGUAUUAAGACUGGGAAGGCAGGCUCUAAUUUUGACUGCUACUAACUUGUUCUGUGAUGUGGAGGAAAUCAUUAACCUCUCAUUUUUUACUGGGCAAAAAGGGAUAAUAGCACCUCAUCUUUUUGCCUGUGGAUUGUGAGGCUAAAACAAGGUAAUUUACCUUAAAGAACCCAGGAUUUGGGAGUUAGCCAUACCUGGGUUUGAAUCCAAGUGCUGACACUUCCUAGCUCAGUGACCAUGUACAUAAUUUUAAAUCCCUCUGAACCUCAUUUUUUUUAAAAUUGUAAAUUGGGGUGAUAGAAUCAGCUUGGUGAAGUUGUUGGACCUAUUUGAGAUCAUGUAUAUAAAAUGCCUAGCACACUGCCUGGUGCAUACUAGAAGUUCAGUAAAUAGAAGCCAUUGUUAUUAUGUGAAAUCAUUUUGAAAAUGUACUUUUCAAAUGUAAUGUAAAGUAGAAUUACUGUUUGAAAAUUAGAUGACAGUAGUUUGCUUUUCACAUUUGGAAGCCAAAAUAUAAAUGCAUACUGCCUAACAGAAAGCUUGAAGAAAGGUAAUAAUUUGGAAUUCAUCUUCUUAAGAUAAAAAUUGGGCCAUUAUUGGAAAGUUGGGAAAAUUGUCCUUUUCUUAAUAUUUGAAAAUUUUUCCACUUAGUGCAUUGAUGAAUUUCAGAGCAGUUGUACUUUUUCAUACAAGCCUGCCACCACAAGCCUCUGCUUAUUGUAUUUGAGCUAUUUAUGCUGUCUGAGUUUUGUUUCUUAGUAUAAUUUCCUUUCAUUUCCUUACUGUUCAUUCUUCAAUUGUGAUGGAGGGAAAAUGAAUGGAAGAAACCAGAAUGCACUUUGACCUUCUUUUCCAGUUUGUAAAUGGCAGUUGGUAGGCUUUGGUAAUAAUAGCCCAUUUUCAAAAAUAAGAGGCGAUAUGAAUUAUCACACAAAUGAGAGGCAAGAAAUUUGUAUUUGGUGUUUGACAUCGGAAUAAACUUAACUCUAUUCUCAACAGCUUGCAUACUCUAAGGCAGGAAUUCUCAACGUUGGCUGUCACCUGGGGAGCUUUAUGCCAUCCCGAUUCCCAGAGUGCACCCCAAACCAAUAAAUCACAAUCUCUGGGCCUGGGAUCCAGGCAUCAGUAUUUUGUAAAGUUCCCUGGGUGAUUCCAAAGUGCAGGUAAGGUUGAAAAUACGGCAGUGGAUUUUAAAUAAUUUGAGAUUAUCUAAGUUUUUUCUUAAUAAACUCUGAAGUAGGAAAGGAUCUUUCCAGUAGGGCUUUUUAUUAGAAGUAGAAAAUGGGAAGCAAAAAGAGGCUGCAUUUCUGCCUUAAUUCCUUUAAGCCCAGGUCAUGGGUGCAGAUGUCUGCAGGGAUCUGGCAGGUGAUGUGAUGAGGGAAGGUGGCAGGUGACCAUUGGAGAGAACUCGGGGGCUCACGCCUGGUUAAAGAUGGACAGCUGCUACCCAGCUCCAGCACCAUGUUGCCUUGUGGCUGGUUUUUCUAGUUCUUCCACUUUUCAAUUUUUCUAGAAAAGACUGAAUUAAAAAAAAAAAAUCUACCGAUUUUCAUGUGUUAGAAACCAAUUUGGAAUCUUAAACUAAUUUGGAAUCUUAAAGCACAUUGUGCUGGCCAAACUGGUUUGCCAGCCAGUAGUACACAGCCUCUGCUUUAAGAAUUUUAAGGACCAGCCUGGACAUCCCGGCCAGUUUUUAAUAGAUUUGCAUUUUUCUGUUCUGUUAAGCUGCAUUCUGCCUUCCUUCCAAGACUGCUUUUAGAUGUAUUUUCCUCCCUUUCCACUCCCAAGUAAUCCCCUGGACUUGUGCCAGGCAUUUUCUUCUCAGUUUUUUUCCUUUUUCCUGCCAGCAUCUAUUGCUUCAAGCUUCACAUCUAUGGUUUAGAAAAUGUUCUUUUUGAAAUUAAUUAGGGCUUGUUGGAGUUUAUUUUUAUUUUGUGUCAUAAUCCUUCUCUUGUGAUAAAACAUUUAGAAGCCCAUGUUUUGUUUUGUUUUAUUUUCUACAGUCUAGUUCAAGAAAUGUUAAAACCAGGACUACCGUCUUAUUGGGCACACUAGGAACAAGCUGGGAAAGGGUUAAGUUACUGACAACAGACUCUGGGGUGAGCCUUCACUUCAGGUGAUUUGCUGCAGUGACUCCCAGGAUUUGAAAGUGAGGAAAUCCUUGGGGAGACAUGCUAAAAUGCAGGCUCCCAGGCCCCUCCCCAGUGAUUCUGAGUCUUAAAAUUUCAGUCAGGGCUCAGGAAACUACAUUUUAAACAAGUUUUCCUGGAGAUUUAGGUGUGCUGUUCCACAGAUCACAUUUUAAGAAACACUGGGUUAGAGGAGGUGUUUUUUCCUCUCCGUUUCCUGUUGUUUAGGAAGAUUUUGCGAUUAGUUGGGCCCACCUGAUAAUAUAGUUUAUCACUCAGGACACAGUAAAAAGUUCUUAUGUGGAAAGAAGCUGACUCAAGCUAUCCCUACAUGACUGAGGUGCUUUUAUUCUGAAGGGUCUUUUAUGGUUUCAAUUGUACCUGGAUAAAAAGGAUGCUGUAUUCUUUUUUUUAUGUAAAUUACUUCAUGUAUUUUAUAAAUGGUAUAUGUGUAAUAAUAUACCAUUUAUUUGGCCUUGUGGGGUGUAGUGUAUAGAUAACUGAAGUUUAUGUUUUUUUUUUAAAGUAGUACAUCUCUUUAGCUUUAUUUCAACCAUUUAGAUGGUUUUGAAAGCAGAAUCUAGUAAAUAUAAUUAUACUUUUUUAGGGUCAUCAUAUAUCCUUUUAGUUCUUGCAGGUCCUAUGUUGGCUUGUUAAAGUCCCUACACUGACUGGCCCAAAUGGCUUUGCUCUUUGAGUUCCCUAGGGGUUUUUAUAGUUUUUCUUUUCCCUCACUAUUACCUUUCAUUUCUCUCUGUCGUUACCAUCCCUGCCUCUAGGAACGUUCCUCCAGUUUGCUGUGGGGUUGGGAAAUCAUGUAACUGCAUCCUAAGCAGAAUCCGAGUGUGGCUUUUGAAAAGCUUCUCUAGGAAUAAAAUGAAUGAACUUUGACUUAAUGUCAUCAUCUUAAUGUCUCAAAUAUCUUCCUCUAAGUUACUUUCUGAUCCUCAACUGCAGUUUGCUUUUCCCAUGAUUGGAAAGUGAUAUGUUUCUACAAAUGAUUUUUGUUAAUCUAUUCAUGUGUUUUCUCUGUGACUGUUUUUAUGUUUUUAUAUGGAUGGUUUUAUAAUGUGAAACUUGAGGAUUAAAAUUCAUCUGAAAAUUUCUCAGGCCAUGUUUUUGCGCAUGAUAAAAUGUUUUUGAUUUAGUGUUUUUGUGAUUUGAAACAAUAAAUUAACUGUAUAUUUAUAAAAUUCAGUCUGGCAGUUAUUGUGAAAUA